AUUACCAAUCUGUCAAAAUUUCUCAAGAAUGGGCAUAUGUUUUCCUUGUUUCGACGGAGGUUCUGAUUCCUCAUACGAUGAUAAUCAAACGCGUGAAGCAAGACGUGAGAAUAUGGCAGCAGCAGCCAUGAAGAGACAAGAGAAUGCAGCCAACCGAGGAAUCAAGGACCCAGCCUCAGUCAAACGCAAACAAGAAGCCCAAAAAAAGCUUGAAGAAGAGGAAAAUAAACGAGCCAGAAUGGGAGGGGGAGGAGGAGGAGACCUUAAAUGGAAUGUUGACUGAAGGAGCAGAAUGAACAACUUGUAUCUAUGAUUACUGAAUUUCCUGGCCUAACAUGCAUUUAUAGAAAUACUAUUUAUUUAUUGUGGACUGCUAUUUGAAUGACAUAUAUUUUCUGAUUUAUUGUCUUAACCUGGAAUUGAUCUGUGUCACCAGUUUUAUUGAGGUGAUCAUGUAUCAUGUGUAGUCGAUAUAUUCUAAUUAUUUCCCAGAUUUCUACAUAAAAGUGCCUAUGUGACCAAUAUCUGUUGUUCUGUGUACAAGUAUAUCAUCUCCAGUGUGAAUGAUGUAACUGCCUGUUAUUAAGUGUAUACAUGCCUUGCACUUUCCUAAAGCCAAACAUUUUAGGAAGGACAUGAAAAAAGCAUGGGGUCUGCAAUAUGUGAAAAAAUUAUGAGAUGAAGUUGUCUUGAAAACCAAGACUUUUGUAUUUUUUCUAAAACUUGCAAUGAGAUUUGGAUUUUUGCUCACUAAUAUAAGGAAAUAUAAACAGUGUAAAUGAAAAAAUUUGCCUGAAAUCCUCUGUAUAUGAUGUAUGUGGUUGGUAGUAUGAUAUAAUCUGUCUGAUAUUAAGGAGUGUCUCUGUAUAUUAUGAUUGUUGUCUUUCAUCUUUAUGUAUAAUUUUUUUUUAAGUUGAUGCCAUACAGGAUGUAAACAAAUAGAGGUUUUAGGAUUAAGUGAUUAUUUACAUCAUAAUUGAAUAAUUAUUUAGCUAGUGUUAUGAUACCAUCUAACUGAUCAACCUGCUGCAGACUGAAGAUUUUGUAAGAAAAUGCUGUUGACAUGUUAUCAGGCACUUGUACAUGUAAAUGUAUUGACAUCACAUGAGUGGUAACAUACUGAUUAUUCCAUUGGUUGUAUGUUUAUUCAUUAUAAAAAAAACAUAUGAUGCUUUAAUCAUUGCUUAAUUUCUUUGAUCAUUGUUUUAUUUUCUAUGAAGAAACAAAAAUAACAAACGUUUAGAAAGAACCUUAGAAUUUUUUUAAACACUUUUUUAUACUCGUAGAUAGAUACAUUGGUUCAAAAUUUAUUUAUUUUUUUUUUCUUUUUAAAGUGAAUUCAUUAAACCACUUAGAUUUAUGAGCUACUUUAUCAACGGAUAUGUUUUAGAAAAUGUACAUACAUUUGAUAAGUGUUUGUAUUAAAACUGUAGAUAUUAAUUUAAAUUCCUUGCACCUCACCACAAAACUGUUUAUGUCAAAUCUGUAUCAGUGUGAAGGGUGUGUGUGUUAACAAACAAGGAAUCUCUGGGAUGUACAGGAUAUUGGCUAUAUCUGUUAUGUCUUUGUGUCCAAGUGAUACAUGUUGAAUUGUAACAGAAAUAAGAGUUUAUACAUCUAUAUUAUAAAGUUGUCAUGUGUUGCUUUGUUCACUUAAUUAACUACAAAUGUAGGCACUUCUGUGAACCAGUAUCUUAUUUUACUAGCAAACUAAAGUACUGUUAUAGUAGUGUAAAUGGAUACAGUUUUGAAGCAAUUAAAACAAUCCAAACCGG